AUGGAGACCAGCAACCAGGUCUCAAGCUGUUCUCUCCUGGGUCUCCCCAGAGAGAUACGGGACACCAUCUACGACUUUGUCAUCUGCGACUUCCCUCUCCCUCGAAAGGUGGCCUGUUGGCCUUAUCCAGACUAUCUCUCUGAUCCAAUGCGAGAGCCAUCGGUCUACGAUACCACCAAGAACAUCACUGACACAUCCAUCUUGCGAGCCUGCCGCCAGAUGCGUUGUGAAGCCUACUUCGCUAUGUUGAAGAAACACCAGCUCAUUCGAAUUAUUGUUCGUAAUGUCUUGUUUAGCCCUCAUCUCAUCGGGGCCGUGCUGCAUAUCGUUCCAUUGAGUGAUAAGGCUUUGAGUACAUAUCCUGGCUUUAUUAUAACGCACAUCAUCGUGGGGGAGCAGGAGCCAGAGACCGAUACGACUACACAGCCUUGGACCUUCGCCCUGCCCUGGCGUGAUGUGGGCUUGUUCUGCAGGGCAAUUUCCAGCGGCCACGUCUUUAAUCUAGACGCUAAAUCCGAGAUACGACACCAGAUUAUUUUGCAUAAUCCCUUUGCUACGACUUGCAGUCCCGGGCACAUGAGUGUUCAGAAUCAGACUAAGCUCCUCCAGCCAUACCGGGACUCACUUCGCAGCGUCACAUCUUUCAGCAUCAUCGGCAACGUGAACACCAACUUGGCCGACACAAUCCAGGCAGAGAUCCAAAAGUUGCCCGUCAUCAAUGUCGCCAAGAUACUGGAGAAAUUCACUCGGCUAGAUACCAGCGGCACCCGUGAAUUUCUAGGGAGACGCUUGGCCAAGUUCUCGAGGUCAUGCUUGAAGGCUCUCGUCCAGAUCAGCCAGCUAGUCAACACGGACGCGUGGCUUGAGCCCGGGCCAGGGGGUCGACCAAAUCAGUACGUGCUGGCAGUCCGGGACAUCUUCAACACCCUGUGCCGCGAGCAUGGCGCAGCACAGUGGCAAGAGACUCAGGAGGAUCACACGUGGCACCUUAGCCGCGCGGUCCAAGCUGCAUCUUCGUUGCUCGCGGAGCGUGCUCCCUCCCCAGCGCAGAAGUCUGGCAUUUACUACCUCAACGCAAGGGCUCAUCGGUACUACUCGGGCUCUCCUGCUGCGGCUGAGGCGAUGCUCCGGCUGUCGCUGGAAAUGGUCUCUGGUGACACAUUCGACGACUGGAAAGAGCAGUGUCUCGAGGAGGGGCAGGAGAUUGCAAGGUGGCGAGACAUCCGUAAUGGGAGGUCAAGCUCGGAUGGGAUCAAGCCAGGCCCGACGUCCAGUGGCAAGGUUAAGACUGAAGAUGGGACAACAGAAAUCACACCAUCCAACGAAGGACUGUCUAAGGAGUCUUCAAUGACACAGAACAUAUGGAUUUUCAUGUUCAGAGGGUUACCUUACGACACGUAUAACAGACGACACGUUCUGAUGUACCUCGACUCGCCUGACGAGGAGGACUUCCACAUCACGGCCCACGCCCAACGGCCUACCGAAACGACGCCUUUCGAAUUCGUCGAGAUUGAUGGAGAAGAGAAUUAUCCAAUGCUUCCCGAGUUCCUCCACGGACGUAUCGUUGGCAGGGUCCAGGUGGACAUGUCUCACCGGCGAAAGGUCAUCGAUGUGAUCGCCUCCACGCCUGUGGGCGGCGAGCCGGACUGGAACUGCCAGCACUUCGUCUAUCAUGCUCUGGAGAGACUUGCUGAGUGCGAUGUCAUUCCUUCUGGGGCCGUGAAUGAUGCCAAAGACUGGAUGAUGGAUUGCUUGCUGGAUGGAGCUGUUGAAUAA